AAACAUUUUAGCUUCUUGAAUUGUGCAUCAUGUAGAAGCAACAGAAGCCACUCCGAUAAGUCGAAUCCGCAUAAGACGUUUAACAAUGGUUCAAACCCAAGUGUUAAUUAUUCUAAUCCUUCUUCUACUGGCGAUUGCUCGAUUCUAGACAAGAAUCUGGCCAACGGAAAUGCUAAGGAUAAUAUGUUUCUUUUAAAUUCGGCCCCCCUCGAAAGCUCCAUAAACAAGUUGGACGCUAAGUCAACUAGUUUUGCAAAUGAGAGCUUUGAUACAUCAAAAAUUAACUUGUUACCGAGUGAUAGCUGUAGCGUUCUUAUGAAACAAUCCGUAGAUAGGAUUUCUAACUCAGAACAAACCGAAAUUUACAACAGACUUGAUGCGGUUGUUCGACGCUUGGAGCGGCUUUUAAAUACAAAUGAUUCGUUAAUCAGUGACCAUUCGGGAAUCAUUGCGUUCAAUGGUAUCUUGGCCGAGAAAUUGUCAUUUUAUCUUGAGGUGUCCGGUUCUGUUGGGGAUCUCGCUUUAGAGCAGGCAAAGUUAGUAAAGGAGGCGUUUGAUUUGUGUCUCAAUAUUAUACAGAUGUCCAGGAAGUAUACGAAGCCUUCUUCUGUGCAAAUGUGUAAGAUUAUGGAGCCGCUCUCCCGUAAAAUCGCCGAUAUUUCCCACGUAGCCAAACGCAAUAGGGGUCAUCAGCUCUACCACCCCCUUUUGACUAUUUCGGACUCUGUCAGCAUUCUCUCCUGGAUUAAUAUGUCCUGUCCUGCUGUCUUUGUGAGGGAUAUGGAGAACGCCACCAAAGUCUCUGCUAAUGCCACCACACAGUUAUAUCGCGAAUCAAUGCCUCUGUACGCGGAGUGGCUGAGAGCGUGGUUACGAGUGGUGAGCUGCCUGCGCACCUUGGUUUGUGAUUUCUACCCGGUUGGACUCGUUUGGUGCUUGGAAGGCGCAAACGCACCUUUACCGUCGCCACCGCCGCCUUCAACAUGGGCCUAUUCUCCUGCCGCCAUCGAUUCAUGCGACUGCUCUGCCACUGUCGCCGGAUCUAACAAAUUGAGACGUGAGUGGAAACGUCGAGAUGACGGAAAGGCUUUCAAUCGAGAUGUUCUUCUCUCAGAUAUCUCCCGUACUCGUCUGAGUCAACUUAAACACAUAGAGGGCUUCUCCUAUGAAGGUUGA